UGGGCGACUGAGCGACUGAGCAGUUGAGCAGUGCGCGCCUCGCCUCCCCACAUUCGCUUUGAUCCACCUGUGCUCCUCGGCCGCCAAGAAGUCAUUGCGGGAAUGGCUCGUUGACCCACGGUCAUCCCAACCACACCUACGACUUCAUUCAUCCAACAAUAUUUCGGGAAAAAAGGCCGUUUAGAAGACAGACGAGUUUCUCUUAGGCAGGAACUCGCCAUGGCUUUCUCGAGCGGCCUAGGCGACGGCGCCGACAACAUGCGUUACCCUCCCCAAUCGCCCGAUCGCGAUUCGUCCUUCUCCACCUAUACCUCCUCCAACCUUCGUGGCAUUGGGACCCAGAUGCAUACGCAAACCUCCCAGCCUUCGACCAUGGCCGAUCCACGAGCGAGCCUCCACCGAAGGUUUACCACCAACACCAUCACGACGCUACCUACGCUGUCGUCACUUUCAUUGAGCCCUUUGUCGCCAAUUGGGCAGCAGCGCAGACAGGCGGCCGAGCAUAUUGAUGUACUUUCAUCGGCAUUCAAUACCAAAAUCCAAGCAUUUGACAAGAAGAAGGCUGAACAAGCGUUCCUUCGCGAGCAGCGACGAAGAUUCCAGUCUGAAAUGGACUUCUUCGAUCGCCAGUCAGGACAAGACGAUGACAUGUUCCGUCAGCAAGACUCGGAGUUUGGGACCCUCCUAGGUCCGCAGAGUGAACCCACCACUCCUCCCGAGUUGAGAGAGAGCAAUGGCUUCGCCUCCUACUCGCGUGGAACGCGGUAUUCUCUGUCCGGGUCCAGCAUGAGUUCCGCCUUAGGAUUCGGAACACCGUUCUCGUCCAUGGCCACACGCUCGGGAUCCCAAGCUUUCAUCCCUCCGCAGACUCAGUCGAUGAUGUCGCAUAAUCCGUCCAAAUCGGUUCCCGGAUCGCGACGUAACUCGGAAGAGGAGGAUGAGGUUGAGCAUGAACUCCCAAUGUUAAACGCCCAUUCUGGAACCAAAACGUGAGUCGAGCUUUGCUGACAGUUGCUGAUUUAUUCUCAGAGUCGUUUUGCUUUUGCAUUGCAGUCGUUUUUGCGGAAAUCACCUGAUACAGUCACGUUGCGGCCUUGGAGCGUUGCAUGUGUGAAUUGUGUGUGUGUUUUGAUUUCGCACAUCAAAGUGAAUUUCGUCCGCUCUUCGCAUCUUUUCUUCUCACUUAGCCACGUCUCACCUCGCAUAUCACAUCACUCAACCAUUUUCAUUUUUGCUUCUCCAAAACAGCUGUACUUCAUCUUCCCGACUGAGUUCUUAUUGCCAAAAGACCUUUGUCG